GCCAUGGAAGUUGCUGGUCUUGCCAUCGGUACUGUUGCACUUGUUGGUGUCUUCGGUGACUGUGUAGAGCUCUUAUCAUACAUCGGAGCAGCAAAGUCAAUGAACCAAGAUUACGCCGUGCUGGCAACAAGGCUCGAUAUCCAGAAAGUACUUCUGCACCAAUGGGCCAACAGGAUGAAUCUUUUCGAUCCCAAACACUAUGACAAGCGACUUGAUGACCCUGAAAUUGGGCCUCUCAUCUCUCAAGGUCUGGAUUGCAUCCGUCAGCUGCUACAAGACGGCCAAAAACUCGAGAAACGAUACGGUGUUAGACCAGCCAAGAUUCAUGAAUCAAUCGAACCGCCGACAGCUCUCAGUGAUCGGCUCAUGUCACAAUUCAGUUCAAUGACACGCAAACUUCGAUCUCGUCGCGACGUUCAGUCACUCCAGCUAUACCAAGCUGUUAGAUGGAUUAUCAAAGAUAAAGAACAGUUCGAAGGCCUCGUCCAGAGCUUGGCAGAUCUGAUUGCCGACAUCAACGCAGUCAUACCUCCACAAAGUGGCGAUUCCACCAAUAUCGCACUGCAACACGAAAUAACCAAUUUGAGUUCCGUCAGUGAGCUAAGGGCUAUCAAGAGUGUUUUGCCGAAUGAAGAUAUCAACAUCACUUCUGAGGUAGAAACGGCCAUUGAUCAGGAGUGUGCCAAAUUAAUUCUCAAUCGCCUCUGGUUCCGCUUGAUCGAUGACAGAAAAGACAGCAUUUCUGAGGCAUAUUCCGAAACUUUCAAAUGGGCACUCGAGCCUACUGAUCCUGACAGCAAUUGGAGCGACUUGGGUCAAUGGCUUCGAUCCGGAGCUGGUAUAUACUGGAUCUCUGGUAAACCUGGAAGCGGAAAAUCCACAUUGAUGAAAUACCUCUUUGAGAACUCCAAAGCCCCAGAACUACUGAAAAUAUGGGCAGGGAGUCGGAAAUUGACCAUGGCUAACUUUUUCCUGUGGAACGUUGGAUCCCCCGAGCAAAACACCCUCAAUGGUCUGGCCAGAGGUCUUUUGUACCAUGUUCUGGAGGAAAAUCAGUCACUCAUUCCGUUUGUUAUUCCAAACAUGUGGCAGGAGGCUCAGAGCGGUGUCAAGGACUUGAAGCUCCCUUCAAGCACUGAACUAAACCGGGCAUUCCAGCAACUUGGCAAAGCAUCGACACAAGGGGCAUUCGCUUUCUUCAUUGACGGUAUCGACGAGUUCAAGGGCAGCCAUCGAGAAGGCAUAUCAUUUAUUCAGAAACUUGCUACUAGCGCGCACAUAAAAAUUCUGCUUUCAAGCCGGCCUAUCGACACGUGUGUUGCAGCCUUCCGCACAAGACCUCAGCUGAGACUACACGAUCUGACAAAGCGAGAUAUCGAAAAAUAUGUCAACGACACAAUCCGGUCCUAUCUUGACCGAAAUGCAGAUAGCUAUCUUUACGAAGCCGAUGUCCAGGAAUUGAUUGUAAUUCUACAACGCAAAGCGGAAGGUGUAUUUCUCUGGGUUGUACUUGCUUGUCGCAGACUAUUUGACCACUUUGACGCCUACGACAUGGCGGAGGAGAUCCGGCGGACAGUUGACCAGCUACCACUAGAACUUGAGGAUCUUUUCCGCAGCAUAAUUGAGGAUAUACCACAGGGGGUCCGGCAACAAGCAUCGAAACUGCUACGCCUUACUCGAUACUCACCUGAUGAAAUGAAAAAGAAAUCCGUAAUUCUAGAAGGUCGUCUUCGUAGUCGGUGCAGAGGGUUAAUAGAAGUCCAUGGCGAUGCCUCCAAAGGCCACCUUGUGGGAGCCGGUGAGGAUUACCCUUAUGUCGACUUCAUGCACAGAACAGUCUUUGAGUUCCUCGACAAUACAGACGCUCUAGAAAUUGAGUGCCUCAAAAUAGACGAUACCGGGUUUGAUCCGAUCGCUGUCUUAGGAUGUAUGUACUGCUACUUGUUGUUUCUCAAU